AUGGACCAGGGAGCAAAAUCAUAUGUCAAAAUCAUGGAGAGCAAAGCCAAUGUAUUUGUAUUUUUUGGACAAUCUUAUUCUGUCAAUGAUUUGAGAUGGUUGCCACAGCUGUCAGAAGGACAGUGGGAAACCAAAGGUAAAAUGCUGAUACUGUCGGCUCAAAUGGAGCUUGUUUCAAUGGUCUAUCAAAGGACUUGGGAUGCAGACAUAAUCCAUGGUGUUCUGUCUUUCACGGUUCACUACAAUGAUCUUCCAAAGUUUCAGAAAUUUAUUAAGGACCGAAACCCUUUGAACACAAAAGGAGAUGGCUUUAUACAGGACUUCUGGCAUAAUGCUUUCAACUGUGUAUUCCAAGAUCAAGUUCUGGAUGAUUUGGAAGGCGAUAUCUGCACAGGGGAAGAGAAGCUGGAAAGUCUACCUGGGCCUUUUUUUGAAAUGAGCAUGACAAGCCACAGCUACAGCAUCUACAGUGCUGUCUAUGUUGUGGCCCAUGCUGUACAUGCCAUGCAUACACUGCAAGCCAAGCGCCGAACAAUGAUAAAGAGAAUGGGUCUGAAUUUUCACGGGCAGGACCAAUGGCAGCUCCACGACUUUUUCAGAGGGGUUGCAUUUAAUGACAGCGCCGGGAACAAAGUUUCAUUGAAUGAGAAUGGGGAAUUGGAAGCUGGAUAUGACAUUAUGAAUUGGGUUAUUUCCUCCAACCAAUCCUUUCACAGGGUGAAAGUGGGGAAAAUGGACGCUCAGACUGCUCCAGAACGUGCAUUCGCCAUCACGGAGAAAGAUAUAACAUGGCCGAGCUUUUUUAACCAGGCACAGCCGAUUUCUGUGUGCAGUGAAAGUUGCUAUUAUGGAUACAGCAAGCAAGUGAAGGAGGGAGAGCAAUUUUGCUGCUAUGACUGCAAUCCAUGCCCAGAAGGAAAGAUUUCAGACCAGAAUGACUCGAAUGACUGCUAUAAAUGCACAGAUGAACAAUUUCCAAGCAAAAACCAGGAUUUUUGUAUUUCCAAGCACAUCAUCUUCUUGUCUUAUGAAGAACCUUUGGGACACAUCCUAGCCUUUUUUGCUCUUUCUCUCUCUUUGAUCACAGCUCUGGUGUUGGGAACGUUUAUCAAGCACCACAGCACGCCAAUUGUCAAAGCCAACAACCGAAGCCUCUCCUACACUCUCCUCGUCUCUCUUCUGCUCUGCUUCCUCUGUUCUUUGCUAUUCAUUGGCCAGCCUGAAAUGGUGACCUGCCUCCUGCGCCAAACUGCUUUUGGCACCAUCUUUUCAGUGGCUAUUUCUUGCAUCCUGGCCAAGACCAUCACUGUGGUUCUGGCUUUCAUGGCUACCAAACCAGGAAGCAGGAUAAGGAAAUGGGUAGGGAAAAGAUUGGCCGACUCCAUCGUCCUUUUCUGCUCUCUUGUUCAAGGAGGAAUUUGUGCUCUCUGGCUGGCAAUAUCUCCUCCAUUCCCAGAUGUUGACAUCUACUCAGUCAUUGAAGAAGUGAUACUGGAAUGUAAUGAAGGAUCCUUGAUUCUGUUUUACUGUAUGUUGGGCUACAUGGGUUUCCUGGCCAUUGUUAGCUUCAUUGUGGCUUUCCUUGCCAGGAAGCUACCUGAUUCUUUCAACGAAGCCCAGUUUAUCACCUUCAGCAUGUUGGUGUUUUGUAGUGUUUGGUUAUCCUUUGUUCCAACGUACUUGAGCACCAAAGGAAAAUCCAUGGUAGCUGUGGAGAUCUUCUCUAUCUUAACUUCUGGUGCUGGUUUGCUUAGUUUAAUUUUCGCCCCUAAAUGCUUUAUAAUUUGGCUGAGGCCUAAGUUAAACAACAGGGAAGGAUUAAUACGGGCAAAAGGUCAAAGCACAUAA